AGUCAUCGUUUAAAAUUUAGCUGGGGGAUAAAGAAAAGAGAAGAAGAAAGCGGUCCUAGUGACGUCACGCCCCCCUCCGCUCUCUCUUUUUCUCAUAAACGAGCCUCGUCCUCGUUUCAACGGACCAGUCGAUUUCCGUUGCCCGGCGGAGCGCGGUUCGUCAGAGCGCCGACACGUUGCCCAGCGGCGGCAGAUGAGGAGAAGGAGACGCGACCGGGAGACGGCAGCCUCUUCACGUCGGGACCAUUACCUUCUCGUUUGACGCUGUCCUUUUCGCCGGUGCGCGUCUUGUGACGGCGCGGAGACGUGACAUAAGGCGAGUAACGGACUGAUGUGAGACCGCGCGACACGACAUAGCGGCGCAACAAAAAAAGCCGCAUGUUGUCUGACCGGGCUCGACGCUGGAGAGGCGACGGCAACCUUCACACCUCCGGUUGAAUCCGCUCGCGUGCGAGUGCGCGCGCUCCAUCACGUCUGAGGCUAAUUUAUUCAAGUAGCGAGCGAGCGAGCUAGCUGGGGGGGCCGCGGCCAGUGCGGGCUGCUUCACCGUUGUGUGCGUUUGAUUGACUCUAGCUAGGCGGCUAACCGGGAGGACGCGCCACCACCGAGGAGCCCGUGUGCGUAGCGGAAUGAUGACGAUGAUGAUGAUGAUGAUGAUGAGAGGAAACCUUCACCAGACAGGCGCCAACGGCUCAGAUUAAUCGCCAAAGACACAUUUGCUAACUGGUUUGUGUGAUUAUCACAUCCAGACACGAAGCCCGUGCGUCCGCUCCGACCCGGCGGGCCCCGCAGUCAUUCAUAAAACGGUCCUGGACGCGGAGGAUGGAACAUCUCUGAAUUUAGACAACAAAGCAUUAGGCGGCAGAAGGGUGUAAGCCGGUUAGAUACGAUCGUUUGAGCGUUUUAAGGCGAGCUAGCGAGCUGGUCGACGGAUUAGCCACACGGUCUGGACUGUGCUGCGCCCCGGACUCGCUCAGUCCCUCAACUGGAGUCACCUCGUCCCGGUUUCCACGCUCUUGUCCAGCCGUGCGCCGCGCCGCGCCACGAUGAGCGGUCACGCCGGGGACGCCGGCUCGCCGGAAGUGGAGCCCAUGCCGGGAUACCUGGAGCUCGUCGCCAGAGCCUCGUCGGUCAUGCUGGGCGCGUGGAGGGAGUGUGGCUCCUGCGGGCUGGAGCUCUCCAAGCGGACCCUCCUUCACAACGCGUACAUCACCUGGACCGAGAUCGCCCUGUUCUUCUUUUGCGCCUUUUUGUGGACGCAGGUCCGGCGGGGAUUGACGGAGAGUCUGUUUGAGCCUUUAGCACAGUGGUGCAGGCUGCUGCCCAAAGAUGCCGCCAAGAUGCCGGAGAGCGCGUGGAAGCUGGUCUUCUACACCAUGUCGUGGUCCUACAGCAGCUACCUGCUCUUCUUCACCUCCUACUCCUUUUUCCACGACCCGCCCUCUGUCUUCUACAAUUGGAAGAGCGGUAUGUCAGUGCCUACAGAUAUCGCCAUAGCCUACCUGAUCCAGGGCAGCUUCUACGGCCACUCCAUCUAUGCUACAGUCUACAUGGACGCAUGGAGAAAGGACUCCACGGUCAUGGUGGUGCACCACAUCAUCACUCUGGCGCUCAUUUGCUUCUCCUACGCCUUCAGAUACCACAACGUGGGGAUCCUGGUGUUGUUCCUCCAUGACAUCAACGACAUCCAGCUGGAGUUCACCAAGCUCAACAUCUACCUGAAGACCAGAGGUGGAGGCUAUCACCUGCUCAACGACAUCCUCUCCAACAUGGGCUCCGUCAGCUUCAGCAUCACCUGGUUCUGGUUCCGUCUCUACUGGUUCCCUCUCAAAGUGCUGUACGCCACAUGUGUGUCGAGCCUCCAGUCUGUGCCCAACAUCCCCUUUUACUUCUUCUUCAACACUCUUCUUCUUGCCCUGCUGCUCAUGAACAUCUAUUGGUUCCUGUUCAUCGUUGUGUUCGUAGUCAAGGUACUGAAGGUGAAGGAGGUGAACGACGUCAGGGAGUACGAGGACGAGGACGGCAGCAAGGCGGCAGCGGCCCGGCACAAAGACCCUCAGGCAGCAGACGACGAUGACGAUGAUGCUGGACAUCACAACUCUGCCCAGGGGAAGCACGUGCAAAACGGGGUCACCAAGGAGAAGCAUCUAUAGUGGGCUCUUUGUCGCCACCACCUGGCACUAGGCCACAAGUGCAAGACAAGACACCGUCCUGGGACGACUCACACCCACAACGUUGCUCUGAAGGGAAAGUGUCACUAAAAGAAAAGGAAGGAAAAGAUACCAAGUUAGGGUGCAAUGAGGUUUCUAUUCUUUAAAAAAAAAGUUGUUUUAGAAAAUUUGAUUUCAUCUCACUGUCGUUUUGUUUGCAGACUUGUUUUUAUCAGAGCACUAUGAAUGUGAUUUCAGGUGACUUUUUAUCUUAUUGUUGCCGACGUUACAUUCACUAGAUUCAGUAGAAACGCGGCAGGCCGGGCGAGAGCUCGGGCUGCGAGUCUCAUAUUAACUGUCGUCACGUUUCACAGCACUGCAGCACCUGGACAAGGGAAAGGUGGAGGACUGUUGUGGGUCUGUGGACACAUCAGUAAACCCCCGUAGAUAAGAGAAGCUCUGAUUCUGUAAAGGGGGUGAAUGUUUUCCUCCUCCUUCCAUUUUUCAAACUCCACCCCCCCCCCUCUCCUUAGACACGAGGAGAAAGAACUAAUGUAAUCAGAGGGAAACAUUAUAUUGUUAUGAGAACUGUUUCGGUGUCUGCAGUGAUGCUGGAGAGCUUGUCUGGCGUUGUCUGGUGCCGUUACACCACAUGUAUUGAUUUUCAUAUCACUGCACAAGUCGGUGGUGGCGACUGCACAGCUCCGCUCCCCCUGCGUCCAAUAGCCUGCACGGAAAAGCCACAUAGCUGUGUGUGUGUGUUGUGAACGUGUGUGUGUGUGUGUGUGUGUGUGUGUGUGUGUGUAUGAGUCUUUUAAACUCACAACAUUUCACCUCUCAGUUUGUCUCUUGUACUGAUGAUCAACAGGCGUUGGGAAUAUUCACUUUGUAUUCCUGUACAGAAAAAAAACAACUUCUUCUCUUUAUCCUCUAUUCCCUAGUUUGUAUUGCGAAUCACCUGCUGCUGCACAUGAAGGCAUUCAAGCUGAGCGCUGGUUUAAUGACAGCAAAUAGCUAGAAUUGAUUGACUGGGUUUUUGUUUUUUUAAGUCUCAUCCUCAUGGAUUGAUGGUCUUUAAAACAAUAGGGAUUUGAAUUACAUUUAUAACCAGUUCUCCGGUGGUGGCGUAGUCUUAUCAUGGUCACAGGAAAAUGGGGAAAAACAAACAGCCCAGAACUUUGUUUUAACAUAAGGGGGGAAAGGCAUGAAAUCAUUAUGUAUGCGCGCACACUACGGUAUUUAGGAAUGCAUGACAUCGGAAUGAUUUUGCAAAUAUGCUAUGAAAUUGUCUUACAAAACAAACGUUGAAGAAUAAAAAAAAAAAUCAUCUAUGUAAUCAAAUGUCUUCAUAAAGGCGAGCAGCGGCGACCACUGAACACACAUGGAGACCGACGUCUGCUUUUCCUAGAAAUCCCAAACAUCGGAAAACUAUUUCAUGUGACCGUUGUCGACUGUGCGUAUGUUUGGUGGAAACCGCUGCCUCGCUGUAGAAAAUAAGGGAUGUUUCUACUCUUCCUACCUUCUCGAUCAAAUUCAAGCUCAUGUCUGGAUGAACCGCAGGCUUGUGCUGCCGGAGCAGCCCGCAGAUGUCGUCUGUCUGUAGGAGAAGGUUCCGCUGGGUUUUUAGUUCAUGUUUAGUUCUCCUUCCACAAUCCCCACCUCAGCUAUUCGUUGCUGGGUUUUUUUACACUCAGCUAUCACUUUUAUUUACAUUGUUAUUGCUGUAGUUCAGGUUUUAAUUGUUGAUUUGUUUUUGGAAUUGCUGCUGUUUUUUUCUCUGAGAGCACUGUUUGUAUUCCGGUUGAUUUUCUUUUUUUUUUCUUUUUCUCUGCUGUGUAGAAAUCUGCUCAGAUCAGAUCAGAUGUUUCCAGGGACCAGUGAGAGCCAUUCGUUCACCUGCAUUAACAAAAACAUGUUGUUUUUAUCUGAAUGCCGGCUCGCGCUCUUUUCUCUGUAGUCGUUACACAUCUGUACUGUAAGUCACAUGGUUUCUCCAAUAUGAUGAUGUGUGUACUGUAACAGAGUCCAAUGGCUGGCUGUUUUUUUUGACUACGGAUGGUGUUUCUGGCAGGAAGUGACCUCCGCUGUCCCGACUGCUCAACCGUGAGACCAGAGGAUCCAUAUUUUGCUGACUUAUUCUUAUGAGUUUUGUGAUGACAGGCAAGGAAAGUUUGCAGCAACCCCACAGACACCUGACACCUGCGACGUGGAUCAGGUGCGACUCAUCUUUCAGGUCUGAUACGGUACUUUGUGCAAAAGGCCUCUUCAGUUUCUCCACCUCGCUCCCACUGUCGCACUACAGACCGUGACGUGUCGGGGUGGGCGAUAUGAUGAUGUACGUGUACCAUGAGACAGUUUAAAUUGUUCUAUCUCAUUAAUGUCACGCUAACUACUGUAAACACCUCUGGGUGUGUCCAGAACAAUAUUUUUAAUCACUUUGUUGUUGUUUUUUUGGGCAUUUUAAUUCAAAUGUUCCGAGUGCUUGUCGUGCAUUCACGUGCUCCUCGGAGAGGCCUCGUUUCCCGAGUUGGGUUCUUCGUGUAAUGUGCAAAAAGCAUGGACACGGGAACCAAAUAUGUUGUAUUUGUGUUUACAGCAUUUAAACAGGCUCUUUCCAUAUGUGCACAAUAACAAAGAGCAAAAAAACAAAGGAUCAGGUGUGAUGGGCAAAUUCAUAAUUAAAAACUUGUGCACCUUAAUCACAGAAGCAUCUGUAUUGAUGUUGGACGUGACAAAAGUGUAACAUUCGACACGUUUGCAUUAAAAGCUACUAUUAAGAGCUGAUUUUAAAAUUACGUUGAUAUGUUUAAUGUGUAUGACGUCGACAACUCAGGUACCAAAAUUAUACUGAGUGGUUGUACCGACUGGAGAUGGCAUUCACCCGAAUUUUACGAGUCUGGAACUAAUUUUUCCGAUUUGUCCGACACCACGUGAAUGCACUAUUAGAAUUUUUUUUAAUUAUUAUUUUGCUUGAUUACAAACUGCAUACACCCUUCAAACAUUGUGACAUCUCUGUCGUCUUCAAUGAAAAAAAGAAAAGUUUGAAUUACCACACAUUGACUUUUUUUUAGAGCCGUGCGUUGUGAAGGAUACCUCUCGAAUGUCUGGGACUCAAAUGACUUUUCUCUCACAUGAAAUUAUCUUCCUACACAUCCGUGUAAGAUUUGUGAUAUUACCAUGUAUUCUGUAAAUCAUGAAGAGGCUUUGAUCCAUAUUGCCCACCCCUGACUUCUACACAGAACUGAUGAAACCAUCCAAAAUUGAACAAAGAGUCAAAGAACGUCACUUAAUUUUUCUCUGAAUGGAUUUCACUGAUUCUCACUUACAUCAUACUUCAUCUUUGGUGAAGUUCAGUUCACUCAGACAGCACAUGUAUGACGGAUUUAUUCUGAGUGCAUAAGUCAGAGUGCGUAUUUAGCAUCUUACUCGGGGGAUAGAAUCAGGGAGUGAUGAGGAGCAUAGCAUUUAUAUUGUGUUGGAGUUUAAUACAGUUGGUGUCUUGGAUCUUGACUAAAAGAUCAGGGGAGUGACAAUAUAGAAAAACUAAAGUAGCAGCUCAGGCAGAGCAACCAUGUGUUGGAUGUUUAGUAAAUCUAUGAUAAUACAACUUGAGCUGUCCGGAGUGACUCACGACAUCUUGACACAAAGUAUCUGCAUGAACCCGUCGAUUGUGCCAAAAGACAGACGGGCAGAGAAGCCCUGCAGGUAUUCUUUAUAAAUUGCACUGUAAUUUAUUAGUUUUGUUUUAUUGUUCAUUAAAAGUUGGGAAUUAGAAAAAGGGAGAGGGAGAAUUUGGAUUUUUUUUUUAAAAUGACUUUCUGGUUAGAAUCAUUAUCCAAAUCUCUUAAAUUCAAAGUGUAUUUUAAGAAUAGAUUUUUUUUUGUUGGACAACUUAUACAAACUGUACAAAUUCCCCUUUUGUUUUUCCAACAGUUUCUGUAAACAAUUUUAGAAACUCUUCUAAAAUCGGACCUGAUUUUUGCUCUUUUGUAAUAGUUUUAAUAUCAUCCAGCCAAUGUUAUAGUUUCAUUCCCCUCCAAUUAAAAUAAAAAGUUGUUAUCAAACAAGGGA